AUGGCCAAGGGCGGGAGCGAUGGCACGGGCGCGGGGAAGGACCAGGCCGAGCUCGACCUCAGCCUUCCCGCCACAGGCACGGCCAUGCAGGACCCCAUAGCCAUCCUCCAGCAAGCGGUGCAGGUGGCGUCCGAUCCAGCGAUCAAGUUGGCGCUGCAGGCGGCGUUGGCGCAGCAGGCACCCCAAGCGCCGAAGGUAGCCGUCUCGACAAGAGAAGCUCACCGCAAGGCGGAAACGGCCAAGCGCGACGCCAACGCGAAGCACGACGCGGCGGUCAAGGCCGUGGAGCGCGCGGCGGUGCAGCUGGCGCAGGCGCAGCUACGAGAGCAGGAGGCCGUCCGCAUUUUGGCACAGGCGGAGCUUGCCAAGAGGACUGCGGUGAAGGCCUUGGCAGCCGAGGAAGCGGGGGACCUCAAUUUCGAUGUUGUAUGGGACGAGUCCUUCUCUGACUCACUUCGGGACGGCUCCCUGGAGUGCGAGGACGCGGAGAAGCAGGAGCUGCUCCAGCUGGAGAAGGACCUGGUCGCGGCCAAGUCCUACAUCGGCGAGAAGGGCGACACGGUGCGCGAGUGGCACUCGCGCGUGGGGGCUCUGGAGUACAAGCUGUCCACGAGGAGGGCCCAGGAGCGCGAGGGCACCGAUGGCGCGCCGCAGGCCGCGGACGAGCCAGGCGCUGGCGAGGGCGCGGCCAUGCCGCCGACGGCGGCGGCGGCGCCCAGGGCGCCCGACACGGAGCGCGCGGCCGCCGAGAUCCGCCGAGGUCGCGUGCAUCCGCAGCGCCAGGGCGGCAGCGACGCAGGCAGCGGCGGCCGCCGCCGCCCGGGCCUCGCAGGCGGCCCUUAG